GAUGCGGUAACAAACGCGCAAAUUCACGCACGCCAAAAGCCCAACAGCCAAAAACCCAGAAGAAGAAAACAUAAAAAAUGAAGAAUCAGUAAAUACGGAAAAAAGUGGUUGCUUGCACGACCCUUGAAGCUAAAAGCCUACAAAAGGAGGUGGGCUUUUUCUUCUUCUCCUCCCUCUCGUAUUCCUUUUCUGGUUGAAUUUUUUUACUUUGGCUUCGUUGUUAAGCAGAAUACGAAAACAGAAGAAUAAGAAAAAAGCACAGAGGGUUGCCAGUUUUCAGAACUUUGGUUGUUUGAUGGCUGAGGAGAUUGUCAAUUCACUGGUUGCCUCUGAAAUAAGUGAAUCAGAUGACAUUAGUUCACACAAAAGCUCCAUAAGUAAACCAAGUUCACCAGAUAAUGCAGGCAGCAUUCUUCCCAGCAUUAACAGAACAUCUCCUGAUUCAUGCCCUGAUUUCAAUGAUUCAAGAAGAAAUUCUACUGGAAAACGAAGCAAUACAAAAGUUGUUCCACAUUAUCUCAGAGCUUCAACAGGUUCUUGUCAUGAUUUCUGUAAAUAUGGCCACAAACAUGCUUUUGAAGAGAAGGAAAUGCAUCCUUUUCGGAAAGGAAUUAUAAGAACUCCAAUUGAAAAGCAGAAUUCUGCACUUACUGCAUCUUUGGUGGAGAGAAAGAAGGUGACUGUAAUGAGGAGAAUGGUUUCCCCUGGCAUGAAAUUCCAUUCUUCAAGACACGGAUCUUCACCUGGUCCAAUCAACUUGGCAGAUCGUCCUACAAUGAUCAAGCAGCUACCGGCUAAGAAAGUUGAAGUGUCUCCAAAAUGUGACCCAUUACCUCAACACAAGGAGUCAAAAUCUGAGAAGAGGAUGAACAAUUUUUCCAGCAAGCAUCCUCCUUUGCAGCCUCCCCCAACUAAACAAUUCUCUUCUCUUCGGACACUAAAAUCUGCUAAACAGGUGGUAAAAGAUGAAAAGCCUAUGAGUAACUUUUCACUGCAGUCAUCUCCUUCUGUGGGGCCACGGCCAUCUGCUAAGAAUGCAGAAAAAGCUGAAAAGUUGAGGAAUAAUUUGUCAGAGAAAUCUUCACCUUCUGUAGGGGAACAGCAACCAGUAUCAAAAUCAUCUUCAUGUUUUCACCCUCCAGCGAGUGUCAAAGGGAGAGACAAAAGAAAAGAUGAUAUGAAGGCAAGCAGAAACCUGGUGGUAACAAAAGUAUCUGCAAAGAAAGUAUUUGCAGCCCCCACUGCUUUGUUAUCUCCUAAGCCUUCCAUGAAUAUAAAUGUAGCCAUGAAAGCAAAGAAAAAUAGAACUUUAAAAGUAGUCUGUCCUCUGAAGGAUCAAAACAGGGUACAGGGGGAGGAGAUGGAAAAGAACAAUGAUGAGAUUGUCUCUGAGAAGACUUUGCAUGUUAUUGUGGAAGAAAAAAAGAAUCACAUGGCAGAAUUCACUGAAAACAGUGAUGUAGUACCAUCAUUUGCACUCCAGUCAGUUCCAUCACCCAAGUCUCUGUCUCGAUCCCCAUCUCCAUCUUUGUCAUCUCAUGAAAGAAGAGGAGGUGUUGAUGGUGGUUGUAGUGGCGAUGGUGAUGGUACUGGUGAUAGUGAAUCUUUGUCAUCUCAUGAAAGAAGAGGAGAAAAUGAUGAUGGUGAUGGUGAUGGUGACAGUGUUGAAGAAGAAGAAGAAGGAGGAGGAGGAGAAUUUGGAACUUAUGAUGAUGAUGAUGAUGAAGGGGAGGACGUAGAGGAAGGAAAUGGAUAUGCAUGUGAAACAACUGGGAAGUUCUGUAACAAAAAUGAUAUGGCAAAGCAUAAUGGAGGAGAAGCUGGAGAAGGAAAUCUUAGGAAGACUCUGAGGAAAGGUGUUGUGUUUUCAGAAUCUAAAGAUCCUAGACCAGUGAAACUAAAGUUUAAGAGAGGUAAGGUUGUGGAUCUUCAAUCUGAAAAUAAUGGUGGUCCCAGGAGGCUGCGAUUUCGCCGCCCGAGAGUAAUGGAAGAAAAACAUGAUGUGAAGGGUGAACUGCGGAGGAGGAAUUUCAAGAAGAAAGAACCUGAUGGUGAUGGAAAUGGUAGUAAACCCAGAAAUGAAAACGUUGUUUUGAAGCACCAAGAUAUGCAGGGGAGGAAAGAUGCUCAAGGUUUGUUCAAUAAUGUUAUUGAAGAAACAGCUAACAAGCUUGUUGAGAGCAGGAAAAGUAAAGUUAAAGCCUUGGUUGGUGCUUUUGAAACGGUUAUCUCUUUGCAAGAUACUAAACCUUCCCCGCAAACCGUCAGUUGACAGCCAGUAUGAGUUUUUCAUUCUUGAUGCUUUGGCUUUUGUAAAGAAAGAGUUGGACGUGAAGCAUAAGAGCAAAUAAAACUUAAAAUAAAGUAGUUGGAGUCAAUGUCUUUGUUCGAGGUAUCUGCUAAUAAUCCCAAUGAGGUCCAAUACCCAUUUUCUUUUAGGGUAUGCGUGGUUUUAACUGCUUUCAUGCCAUUGUUAUUGAUUGAAAGCCUGUAGUGGUGAAUUAACAACGUAAAGGAUAGGUAGGGGCAACCUUUCUUGGAUGACUGAGUUGUUUUUGUCUUUCUGGUCUUACAAGGAUUGACGGUUUUUUGUACAUUGUUGAUUGUUGUUUCUUCAUCUCCUGGAACCGGAACGUGUUAUGUUCUUUUGGUUGGUUCUGUAAUUGGGUCACCUUCUUGGAUUAAAUGCUUGUCCAGGGGGAUGGAUACUCUUAACUAUCAGUUUUUCUGGACUAUUUAUUAUUUGCUAGCUUGUUACUUGAUUUA